CGGCACGUCACGAGGGAGUCGGUGGAGGCUCCCGGUGGAAGCGCUGCCUGAACCACAGAACCACAACCGAGCGGACCUGACGGUUUCGAUGGUGUUGGCUUGAUGGGAUCCAAGCGGGCGACAAAGUGAUGGUCUAAGGACUGGAGGUCGCAGAGGUGCUUGCGCGUGGAAUGUUGCGCUGGUCGGUGCACCUAGAAGGAGGGCCGCGGAGAGUCAACCAUGCUGCUGUGGCGGUGGGACACAAGGUGUACUCCUUUGGGGGCUACUGCUCCGGGGAGGACUACGAGACGCUGCGACAGAUUGAUGUGCAUGUCUUCAACACAGUGUCUUUGCGCUGGAUGAAGUUGCCUCCAGUGAGGAUGGGGGUAAAUGAACGUGCCCGUGAAGUGCCGUAUAUGCGUUACGGCCACACAGCUGUGCUGCUGGAUGAUAUAAUCUACCUCUGGGGUGGUCGUAACGACACAGAAGGGGCCUGCAAUGUGCUCUACGCCUUUGAUAUCAACACCCACAGAUGGUUCACACCGAAGAUUUCGGGGACACUUCCGGGUGCGAGGGACGGACACUCUGCCUGCAUCCUGGGCAAAGCGAUGUAUAUAUUUGGAGGAUACGAGCAGCUGGCCGACUGCUUCUCCAAUGACAUCCACAAGCUGGACACCAACACCAUGGUUUGGUCAUUAAUUAAUGCCAGGGGUAAUCCUGCACGCUGGAGAGACUUCCACUCGGCCACCAUCAUCGGGACGAAGAUGUUUGUGUUUGGAGGGCGAGCAGACCGCUUUGGCCCCUUCCACUCCAACAACGAGAUCUACUGCAACAAGAUCAAAGUGUUCGACACGGAGACCAACUGCUGGCUGAGCACACCGUCAGCACAGCCGCUGCCCGAGGGACGCAGGAGCCAUUCAGCCUUUUCCUACAACGGGGAGCUGUACAUAUUUGGAGGAUAUAACGCCCGUCUGGACAUGCACUUCAACGACCUGUGGAAGUUCAACCCAGAAGCCUUCUCCUGGAAUAAAGUAGAACCAAAGGGGAAAGGUCCGUGUCCUAGGAGACGGCAGUGCUGUUGUAUGGUUGGAGAUCGAAUCAUCCUCUUUGGAGGAACGAGCCCGUGUCCCGAGCAAGGAAUGGGUGAUGAAUUCAACCUCAUGGACCACUCAGACCUGUAUAUCUUAGACUUCAGCCCUAAUUUGAAGACGUUAUGCAAAAUAGCUGUUAUUCAGUUCAGUCUGGAGCAAUCAGGACUUCCGCACGACAUCAGGUGGGAGCUGGCUGCCAUGACAACAAACAGCAACAUCAGCAGGCCGAUCUUCUCCUCUCACGGCUGACGCUGCUCCUCGCUCUGUUUCAGGACAUUUUAAUCUCUCUCUUAAUAACUGAGCUCCAGACGACGGUUUUCAGAGUUUGGAUCUGUUUUGGGAUUUAUUUUCCACAUUCUUCAAGUUCAUUCUGACCAAAAUAAUCCUGCGCAGGGACUUCUGGGACACCGCGAGCCCUCUGGGAUGUUUUAACCCUUGAGACGCUGGUCGUGCGAGACCGAAAUUGUUGACACCUUUUUGUUGUCUUCUUUCUAGCCUCUCUAGAAAUCCAAUCAGCCUAUGAUAAUCAUAGACUUCUAAUCUUAAGCACAGGAAGAGACACGGACUUCAGCCAAAGGUCUUGAGAGCUGACCUCUUUGUUGAUGAUGUCAUCACGAUGUCACACUCAGCGGAUCUCCCCCGGAGAGGACAAAUGUGAAUCUUCUGGAGACUGAGAUGCUCAUGAGUUUGUUUAACAUGAACAUAAAACACAAACGUGUCCAUCAGAUGAGGACAAUGUUUCUUUUGCAGUUUGGGAAGUGGGCAGAGCUCACGCUGGACUCUGGUGUUCAACAGAGAGUUUUAGGGGUGCCAUGCUCGUGAAAGGUUCUGUUUGGCUUUCAUCGCUUACCUUGUUUCAUUCUUCAUCAUAACCCUGCUAACGUCCCGCUGCUGCAAAGUGUCUGGAAGGCCGGGCUCAGACUUCAGGAGGAUCAGGGCAAUUUAAUCCAAUUUGGUUUUGGGGUCUCGGUUGAUCCAGCUGUUCGCUGAUGAUCUGAUCAAUUGUGCGCUCUAAUCAACCGACUCUCCUCAUUGGCUCAAAGUUAUCAGACAUGUUCAAAUCUGGAUGAUUACUUUUGUUCAUUCCAAGCAGGAAAGUAGCAAUGGAGAUGCUAACCUUAACUAGCAUGCUACUGUUGACUGGAAGCUAGCAGGUACAAUCUCACCUCCACUUCUAUUUGACGAGUAAACAAUCUGCCUCCCGUCCCGACUUUAUUUAACCUUCUACUUGAGUUUCAGAGAAUCACUGCUGCAGGUUUUAAGGCAAACUUGUAACAUCUCCUACCCUCUGAGAUCAGCUGGGAUCAUUAGCAUUCACAUUUAAUGACCUGCCUGGUUAAAUAAAGGUGAAAAUAUAAAAACAUGAGUAAUCGAUCCAAGACUCGACACAAAACUGCAGAAUCUGCAACGAUCUGUUAUCAGAGUUCUAGCUUCUGGGUGGUUAACCCUAAAGUAGUAUUGUUGUCUUAACAAGGGACGUUCCCCUGACGACUAAUUGCCUCGUCAGUCUAAUGAAACAAUCUAAAGAUCAGCAAACACUCUGAAAACAGUCAAAGCUGAGCUCAAUUUUUUAAAAACUGUCAACUAUAAUUUGGUUUACAGAUUUUUGCUAAUGUUAGCAGCACUAGCACCGCCAGUCUUGGAUCCUCCCUGCAGGUUAACGUCCACGUGCCUGAGCUGAAUUUGGUUACUCGUCGCUCCGGUGCAUAUUUGCCCGUUGAGCCUGACUCAGCCUACAUAUAUUUUUAUCUCCCUUUCCUAGAUCAAACACUGCCAAACUGUGGUGCUCCUACCAGGUGCUAUCUGUUCACGUGCUUGUUUACAUCGGGGUAGUAGAGAGCAAAGCUGCAGCUCUGGCUACAGGCAAGUGGCUGCUAUGCAGUUUGAGCAUAACAUUUCACCGCCAAUGAAGCCCAAAUUACAAAGAAUGAAUUUAACCGCCUAGUAACUCUGGUGCUGACUAGAGAGGGUGAACAUGUUAAAAGGUUUAGUCGACUUAACGCGCACAUCUCUUCAUCAAAUGAUCUCUAAAGAGACACCUGCAUGCAAACGCAGCCAACAAUCCGCUCUUAGACUUCUCUAUUCUCAAAGGGGAAAAAAGUCUUUACUUAUAGGCCUUUAUUGCUAACUCGGUCACACCAGAAGCCCCAAAAGUUUCCCGUUCCUCCCAGCUGACCCAUCAGAUGAUAGCAGAUGGAUUCCCAGCUUGCACGAGGAGGUGCAAAGUUUAUCUGACUCAAACGACAAUCUAAAUAUUAUCUUGCAGUGUGAGAUUAUUAGUUCCUCCUUUCGAUACAACCUGCUUUCUGAAUCGGUGGUUUUCAAACCUCCUGUCGUCUGAGUCCGGCUGAAGUUCAUCAUGAGGUGACUGACGUGACGCUGCCUGUCUGCCUUGUGAAGUAAUCCAGUCCAUCUACCUCCCUUAACUUCGAAUUCAUCAGACACCUUCUGCCCCCCAGAAUCAGAAGCCUUCUCUCUCUUUUUGUAUUUGUUGUGGUCUUUUGUUUCUCUUCCAGGAACUGUCAACUCCCCCCCCCCCACCCUGCGGUUUGUUUUCCAGUGCCAAACGUAGAGAGGAAUCAUGAUGCAGCUAUAUACUGUGUAUGUGUGUAAGCACGUGAUCCCGCCUGCUCGUCAACCUGUUGUUGUUGUAGAGAUCAUCACUGAUAUGCAUAAUGUAGUCCCUCCUCUUAUAGACAAUCGCACAGCGUGAGCUACUUGUUCACAUGGCGCCGACUAACCAGCCGAGUGCUUGUGUUCGACUGGGAGCCGCGCUACACCUGAGCAGAUGUUAGAAACACACAAGGGCUGUUUACGACGACACACUCAACACACAGCUCGAGGAAAUGACACGAGACAUCUUUAUUCAGGUCGUGUUUUUAUUUGAUGAACACAUUUUAGAACAAAAUUCAAAACACGAGUGGAGGCUGUGGUGGUGUGUUUUUGAAUGUUUUAUCUCCAUCCACUUUAGCUUAACGAAGACGUCGCUGAUAUUUAGUAUUUUUUGAUGAAGUCAACAAUCUCAUAAAAGGAGGAAAAAGCUGCAGCUUAAUGCGGGCGUGUAGUUCACCUUACUGCUGAUUCAGAGAAGAAGAAAUCACCUGUUGGACGAACUGUGACUUGUUCUCAUUGUCAAACAUGAGAGAAAAUGUUGCAUUGUGGGAGUCUGACACCGGAAGAAGUCACAAUACAAACAUCAGAAUCGGCCAUGAUUUCCCCCACAGGUGCAUCUCUAGCUGCUCGGUAUUGUCCUGUUUGAAACGCAGCAGCCGGUAUCGACCUCUAAACCCUUCAGUAAAUGAAUGUGUGACGUUAAUAAAGAACAUGUAGGGUCUAAAAGGAGCCUACAGUGUCAGUCAGAGCGAUCACAGGUUUUUUUCUUCAUUAUUACUUAGUCUUUAAUUUGCAUUAGUAGUCGAGGUGUACUCGGUAUUCGGUAUGUGAAGGAAACGACCUGUAGUCAGAACAUCUGGAUCAGGAUCACUCCUCCUUGAUGGACUGGUUCAUUUUCUGGUUCGGCAGUUUUUUAGGAGAUUUGUUGAUGUUAAAAAUACGGAAUAUCACUGACGCAUCAUUCGGUCUUAAACAGAAAGAAGAAGAAAACGUUCCCCAGCAUUUCUUCAAACCGUUUCCACUCAGUGAAGAAGAACAUAUUGAGGCAGGGAAGUUUUUUUUACACUGCCUUUUUUUAUUUUUAUUUGGAAGUGCAGAGCGUCACGCCUGGGAGUCCCAUCGAUGAGUUUCAGUCCUGAUCUGUGGACCACGGUCCCGGAUCAGACGGUAAAGAUGGAUCUCUGCGGGGCUCUGGGUCCCCAACAUCAAGGUCAUAAAGCUCUGACCUACAUCCUUAAUGUUUACAAGUGUGUGUGUUUCAUGUAGAAGGAGUGUGAAACAAUCUGACGUCAGCAGAUAUCUGCACGAGAGGAGCCGGUGGAGGCGGCCCGGCCUUACAGCAAGGAGACACCACGCCGCUUUUUGCCUCAGUUCAGCUCCAGUUUGAGACCUUCUCCUCCAAAAACUGAGUUUGGAUUUUAUUAAGAGACCAGUGGUGCCAAUGAGACUCUUACACCCAUUUCCCUACGCGCGCACACACACACACACACACACGAACAUAUCACACUGGAAUCCCUGUUACCAUGACAACAGCUCAUUCAGUGACACAGCAGGGAAGCUAACAGUGUGUUCACGAUGUUUAAAGGUACAGGUGAACAAACAUGCUGAUGACAUUGUUCUUUUCUUUCUGACGUGUGGGGUGGGGUGGAAAUCGUUUGUAUUUGUGGGCGUUUGGUCCUUUUCUCGCUGCGUGAGGAUUUUUCGGGUGGUGGUAUUUUCAGACGAUAACUCUUCAGGAAGGCGACAUGAAGUAAAUCAAAUCCCGCAUCAGCUGAAGUCCCUCGGUGAAGCUCGCUCACUCACCUGCAGGAGAAAGAAAAGGUUUCUGCUCUCUGUUUUGAACGCUGUUUCUGAAGCUCCUCUUUCAUCUUCAUCUUAAGAAACGGCGUUUAAAAAAAAAAAAAAAGUUUGUGCCGCGAGCAGAGCAUCGUCAAAUCGUGAGCCAGCUUCUCCGAGCGAGCCGUGACUAAUGCCACGCCGGAGCGCGUCAGCGGACUGAUUUCAUGCCAACAGUGUAUUUUAUCUUUAGGGCUUUGUGUAGAUGGUUGAAUAAUUCAGAGACAACAAAGAAUGCUUGUUAAAAACGCAAAACAGAACAAAGUAUGGAGUGUGUUUGGAAUCACUUAAAACUUACUGUUUUUAUUUCGUUUUAUAUUCGACACGUUCUUCAGAGGGGACUCUGUUUAUGGCGAGGUUGGUCAGGACUUCCUGUGCAAUAUGCUUUAUAACUGUAUCAAUAAUAAAUCUGAGACAAUUGGAAGAAA